AGUAUUAAACCUAAGUUAAAGUUAGUAAUACUCGGGUCGCGCUUUAGUGCAAAUCAAUUUUUUUGUAUUCAUGUGUAGUUCCUUAAUCGUUUUGCGGUUAAUAACUAUAAAGAUGAAUGAAUCUAAAAUCUUUUAUUUCAUGGUGGCAAUUGCAUCUUUGGUGCUAGUCGGCUUAUACACUCCAGCAAAAUGUCAAGAGGCAAAUUUAGUUGAUGAUGUUUGUCUUGGAUGCAUUUGUGAGGCAGUAAGUGGUUGCAAUUUAACAAGAACCUGUACUGGUGAUAUCUGUGGGCUAUUUCGUAUAACCUGGUUCUACUGGGCUGAUAGUGGUAAGCGGACAGUUAAUGGAGAAGCUGCAGACUCCCCAACAGCUUUUGAAAAUUGUGUAUUCGAUCCAAUUUGUGCAUCACAAUCUGUACAAAACUACAUGCAAAUAUUCCAACAAGAUUGCAAUCAAGAUGGUAAAAUUGAUUGCUAUGAUUACGCUACUAUCCACAAAUUGGGUGGUUAUGGUUGUCCAGGUCGGAUAUCGGGAACAUAUGCAAAAAGAUUGAAUCAAUGUUUGGUGGCUUAUGGAGCAUAUGCGAUAAGAAAUGACGACGCAGAAGAAGUUAACACAGAAAAAAUGCAAAAAGAUGCCUCUAGUCCCAGUACAAUGAUUUCAAAAGAAACUACACCACAAACUACUGAAACUGCAAAGAUCGAACAAAUCACACCAGCAAAAGAUUCCGGGCCACCGCGUCCGCAGAUAAAAACGAGAACCCAAUUCUCUUCUCGAAGUGAAACUAAUAAUGGUGGCAAAAUAGAGGCUACUCCGGAAAGUACAUUAUCUGAUGAAGAGAUACGAAAGUUGUUAUCUGUUUCAGCUACAGGUGCAAGUAAUGAAAAUAUCCCCAAUAAUGAGAGUACAAUGAAGCCUCUUGAAAACCAAAGGAUGCUUACAACAACAAGAACUCCAGACACAACCGAGGCUAAUAAUGUUCCACAAUUGAAUAAUUUAGAAAUGCAAAACAUGCAAAAUAUUUUUACCAUGAAAUUAGAUCAAAUGGAAAAAUCUGAAAAUAAUUAUCGACAAAAACAAUUGAGUUUUCAAGAAAAAUUUCUUCAAGCAUUUGAAGAAAAAAAUCGCAUUGAUGAAGAAAGAAAUGAGAUUUUAAAACAGAUGGUUAAAAAUAAUAACAAACCAUCAUCGGAUGGUGUUACCCUGUUAAAAAGACAAGCCAUACAAAGUUUUCAAGACCGAUUUUUCAACAUUUUACAGCGAAUAGAAAAAACCUCAAAUGAACACAGAGAAAGAGACCUCAAAUUUCAAGAAACAUUUCUAGAAGCUUUUCUACAAAAAAAUCGCAUCGAAAACGAAAGAAAUGAAAUUUUGAAACAGAUUUCUAAAGCAAACAAGCCAUCCGAUAAUGCACCUAAUUAUUUCUUAUUAUAAAUUUAGAAGGAUUUUAAAAAAUACAAAAUGUAUGUAGAUAUUUCAUAAAAUUUUUAAAUGUAAAAAUAAACUAAAAGUCAUAAAUUCAAAAAAUAUUUAAUUAAAAUUUAUGUGAUAAUUAAGAAUAAAUUUCAAUAAAGCUUA